AGCUGUCGUCGCAACGCUAGGGCUAGGUAGAAAUGGUCCACCGUCCGGGGCCACGCCACUGGGAGCCACGACUCCUUGGGGCAGUACUAUACGCCCGCACUAUUGGCCUCCGUGCGAGAGGCCUACGCCGACACGGACUACAAGCUGCUGGCCAGCCUCGGGUGGUGGAACGAGACCGAGAUUUCACCGCUCCCGCCAUAGCCAUACGCGAAACGCGUAUUUUGUAGGUUUUCUGUUGUUCAACAACGCUGCCGCUGAAAUCUGAUUGGCCUAACGUACUCAUGUUUCGCGUGUUAGACUAUUGACCACGCGUCCUCGAGAGGACGCGGCAUUGGGGUGAAUGUGGGGAUGGUUGUUAGACCUCGUGGUUGUGUGGAGCCAUUGUAGAUGGCCUACUAGUUCAACCUUGUUGAUACCUGCCACCACGUCGUUUCAUUUUGGGAGCGCUAGGCGCUGGAGAUUGAAUGGUCGAGCGCGUUUCGUGCCAGACACGCGAGAGUCAACUCGCGUUCGUAGCAGGGCAGAGGGAAUCCCGAUUAUCCGGGGGUCCUUCCGUGGAGUCUAUUUAGUUGUGGUGCCUAGAGCGAGCGGCCCUCAUGUGCAAUCCGCUAGCCCUCGUCGCGUGCUACUCUACAACUUCCUGCCCUCCCGCUUUAGUGUUCAUACGUUCUGGCGUCCCCGGGGGUACCUAGGUUUUGAUUGCGGGGUAUGUGUCGUUGGCGGUAUUACGUGUUGCCUAUAUUGUUUUUGUGCUUGUGUAACCUGUUAUUUAUUUAUUUUUUUUGUGGCGUUUGUCCGGCGAGCGAGUCCGACGGCCCUGGCGAUGCGGGAACGAGACUUCUGUCUCGUCUCCUAUUCUCUGUCUGUCGAGACUAGGAGCGCCUCGAUACUGUAGUACCGCAGUGCCGUUCUUAACCAUGUUGCCAGUUUCACUUGUACCCUUUUGCUUGCCCUGUGUUCCAUGAUUGGAACCUUUUCGAUACCCUUGGUACGCAUCAGGCUUCCGUGAAAAGUAAGUGUCGUGGCUAUCUCUGUUGGCGUGGAAGGAGACAUUUUCUCCGUGCGGGUUGUGGCACCUGCGCCUCCUCUGUUCGUUUCCCUCCCAAGUUCCCCGUGCCUUGCCACAGCGUUGAGAUCGCGCCGCACCCUCCUAGUUGGUAUUGGAUCGGACUGUGGGAGCACUAUAAUUCAGCACACCUUGAUUUACCUUGGUCUCGAGAGUUUGGCAUGGUACCUUUGCACUGGCGUUUUGGCCGCUGGUAUCCGUGCUGUUCGUGGUUCUUUUAGCGUGCAUUUGGUAGGUUUCAAUGUUUACAUGUUGUUAUGCAUAGGAUGGCCAUGGGUGGGUGCGUUGCGUUCUGUGCACGUGUUGUUACUUUUUUGUUCGGACCGCCUUCUUGGCGAGAUAAAUAAUAAGUUAAUGAG